AUGGCGGACGCAAUGGAAUAUUUGUCUCCUGAUUUCGACCUCAAUUCUCUCACGGUCCCUCGUCUUCGAUCGAUCCUCGUGAGCCACGAUAUCCCAUAUCCGGCCUCAGCAAAAAAAGCACAACUUAUUCGUAUACUUGAGGAUGAGGUUCUUCCUCAGGCAAAGAAGCUGCUACGCGAGCGUGAACGGGUGAGGAGGACCAGCGAAGGGAUCACAGACAUGGGGAGUCGUUCCACGUCUGUGACGAGCGAUGUGAGUGAGCAGCAGGAAGACGAAAGCAGGGACUCACUGCCGCCUCGGCCGACCCCAUCAACCGUCUCGUCAAUUACGGGAACCAGAAGAGGUCGGUCAAGAAUGAGCACUAGAGCGUCAACGGCAGACGCCGAAGGAAACACUCCAGUGACUCCGUCAACUGCUCCGAGGAGAAAAACAGCAAGAUCGGAAGGGAAACGCAUCCGCCAAUCAGAGUUGGAAGCCCUAAAUGAGUCCCCAACAACAGCGACAGUCCCUGCCACCGUCACGCCACGUCAAUCAACGGCGAGAAGACUACGCAGAAGCGAGAUUACACCAUCAACGGAGCCCGAACUACCCAUCCUGCCUGUAAAAUCCGAGCCCAAAGAGGAAAGCUUUUUUACCGAUGAUAACCCAUUCCAAAGUGGAAGCUCUCCAGCUCCCUGGGAUUCGGGAAGGGCUGUAAGCCGCGAAGGGAAACGGAGGAGUGGGGUACAGCUAGGGACGGAAAGUCCUGCUCUAAGCCAUAGUCUACGGGCUAGAAAGUCAGAUGCACACGUUUAUCUCGACCGUGAAGGUGAACCAGCUGCAACCGGAAGUUCUUCGCUUGAAUUCCCGGCUUCUAAAGAGGAAACACCUAGCACGCACGCUGAACCCGGAGAUGACGAUAGCGGUGAAAGCCACAUUAGCGCCGGCGAAGAAUUUACACCCGAAGAGCAAUUGGCCCUGGAGAGAGAGCAUGCGGACCUGAUGUACCCUCCAGUUCCUAAAAGCCGACGUCGCAGAGCACAGGGCACGACCACUCGAGCUGCCCCUUGGAUUGUCAUAUUGAUAUUCCUAUGUAGCUUCGGCGUGUGGUGGCGGAAUGAGAAGAUUGAAAUUGGCUUUUGUGGUAUUGGUAAACCCACCUGGUCCUUGGCAGAGACAAAGGUUCCUGAAUGGGCCAAUGUACUAGAACCACAAUGUGAGCCAUGUCCUCCGCAUGCAUUUUGCUAUCCCAACUUCGAGGCUCGUUGUGAGCAUGACUUCAUUCUCAAGGCUCAUCCUUUGUCGCCGGGAGGAUUAAUCCCGCUACCGCCAACGUGUGAACCUGAUAGUGAAAAAGCACGCCGUGUAAAGGCUGUUGCGGAUAAGGCCGUUGAAGAGCUUCGUGAUCGACGAGCCAAGUGGGAAUGUGGUGAGCUCACCGAAGGUGGCAAAGAAGCCUCUGGCCCGGAAAUCAGCGAGUCGAGUUUGAAGCAAGAAGUUGGAAGAAAACGACGGAAAGGGAUGAGCGAUGCCGAAUUUGAUGACUUGUGGAAAGGCGCGUUGGGUGAGGUUAUCGGCAAAGAGGAGAUUGUGAGCAGAACAAAACAAGGCGACAAAACAUUAACAGACCAUCUUCUGUCCUCGUCCUCACGUCCACAUCAGUCACCCGACUCCCCCUCACGUGCGCCUUCCGCCGUCAUUUUUACUGGUGCUGUGAUAUAUGCGCGCUCCAGGGUCCUUGCUCGCCGCUCCGACAUGGCUCGGAUCCCUGAACUAGUUGUGACAACGCUAGAUCGCCUUGCAACUCAGGCAGCUUUGCAUGCUCACGGCGAAGCUCGACAACCCUACAUUCCUAUUGGGCAGCUACGUGACGAUGUCCUACGCUCGGAAUUACGGGGCAGUCGGCGUGAGGAUCUUUGGCGCCAAGUCCGAAAUGUGGUCGAAGGCAACACCAACGUCAGAGCUGCGGUACGAGAGGGCCAUGGUGGGGAUGUUGCACGAGUCUGGGAAUGGAUUGGAGGGAUCGGGAGUGUUCGUGGAGGCGUCAGAGGCAGUCAGCUAGACGCCAAUAAGGCGCACUUCAAGGCCUUGUCCGACGAAGAAUCUCGCGACCAAGCUGGUCAAGAUGCCAUGACCAGAAGCCCAGGAGAAUCCCGGAGGUGGGACGAAGGGAGACCUAUAUAUUAA